AUGACUCUAUGGUGGGAAUCGUUAGACAGCAUAGAUGGGAAUGAAGGUGAUAAGUUUGGUCAUUCGGUUGAUCUUUAUGCUUGGAAUGCCAUAGAUACCUUUAUGGUUUUGGUUCUUCAAGGAAUAAUUGUAACUCCUAUAAUAACUAGAAAGGGGCAUGGUGGCACGUAUAUGUUUCCAUCUAGAUUACUAAUUUAUUUGAUAAAGCAUCAUGGUAUACUUUACAUCGGUAAUAAAGGUGCAAGGGUGCUCGUGUUCCUUAAGGAUGCUUAUAACGGUUCUAAUAAGAUCAAAAAAUGCCUUUUACUUUCAUUUCGUGAUAAGGUUGUAGCUCUUGGUGGUCGUGCGCCAAUUGAUACAUCGGUAAUAAAGGUGCAAGGCGUGCUCGUGUUCCUUAAGGAUGCUUAUAACGGUUCUAAUAAGAUCAAAAAAUGCCUUUUACUUUCAUUUCGUGAUAAGGUUGUAGCUCUUGGUGGUCGUGCGCCAAUUGAUUCAUGUAUUCUAAUGUCAUCUUUACUUAGUAUUCGAACCGAUGAUCUAAAUCUCAACUCGGUUAUGAUUAGAAAUGAGUCAUUAGUUGAUGAAUUGAAAGAGGCUUUAGUAGAUGUUGAGGAAAAGCUUUAG